UACAGACUUCGUUUGACAUUGCUGCUUGAUUCAUAGAUAUUCUUGUUUCUAACCUAUUAUUUAUACUAUUUACAUUAGUUUUAUGCUUUUUAAACAAAUGUCUGAACUAGACGAAUGGAUAGAAAUAGCAAGGGAUUGCAAAUAUCUUCCCGAAAACGACCUAAAAAAGCUGUGCGAUAUCGUUGCUGAAUUAUUACUAGAAGAAUCUAAUGUGCAACCUGUCUCCACUCCUGUUACCGUUUGUGGUGAUAUUCAUGGGCAGUUUUAUGACCUAGAAGAGUUAUUUCGUCAAGGGGGCCAAGUGCCAGAUACCAACUACAUAUUCCUAGGAGACUNCUAUUCUUUGUUUAAUUAG